AGGACUUAUCAUGGAGAGCACACUUGCAUAUCUUCCACAAAAAUUCCUGAGGCAACUUCUAAAUGGAUUUGUAAGAAGAUGUUGAGGUGCUUGAGAGCAAAUCCAAAAAGUACCUUAGAAUCAAUGCAAGUUGAAGUGCAACAUAAGUAUGGAAGUGAAGCAUCACUUACCCAAUUGUACAGGGCAAGAAGGAAGGCAUUAACAGAGAUUGAAGGAAACCAUGCAAAGUCAUAUUCAUUACUUCCAGUAUAUGCAUAUGAAGUAUUGAAGAGCAACCAUGGUAGUCUUGUUAAGAUUAAAAGUGAAAUGUUAACUCCAACCUCAACCCCUAUGUUUCAAAGGUUCUUCAUAGCAUUUGAUGUUAUGAUUACUGUUUCAAAUCUGGUUGUAGGCCCUUCAUUGGACUUGAUGGUUGUCACCUCAAAGGGCCAUAUGGAGGUAUAUUAUUGGCUGCAGCAGGAUUGGAUGGAAAUAAUGGUUUGUUCCCAAUUGCUGUUGCUAUUGUGGAGAUGGAAGGGAGUGAAAGCUGGAAGUUUUUCAUUGACCAUUUGCGGACAGUCUUGGGUCAUGGGAGCGAAGCCAAGCCUUGGACCUUCAUGUCAGACAUGCAAAAGAGUAUUGAACCCGUGCUUGCAGAGUUUAUGCCUCAAUCUGCCCAUAGGUUGUGUUGUAGACACCUUUUUGCCAACUUUAAAAAGGUGCAUUCUGGAUUGUUGCUUAAGAAAUGUUUUUGGGAAGCUGCAAGAGCUUAUAAUCAGAUUGACUUUAAUCGAGCAAUGGAAAGGAUAAAAGACAUAUCAAAAGAAGCUCAUAAAUGGUUGUCAGAUGUCCCAACUCAUAAGUGGGUUAGGCAUGCAUUUGAUGAUAGAGUCAAGAAUGAUCACAUCACAAACAACCUCAGUGAGUCAUUCAAUAGUUGGUUAGGUCAACUGAGACAUAAACCUGUCCUUUCACUUUUAGAAGGUAUUAGAACUAAGGUAAUGAGUAGGAUCCAGAAGAGUUAUGCAAAAGGGAUGACAUGGACUCGGUCAGCUGGAUCACAUGUGAAGAAGAGGUUGGCUAAAGCACAAAAUGCCUCUAGGAUCUGUACCUUGUUGUAUUGUGGUGGUGAUGAGUAUGAAGUGACAGAUGAUGGCCACACUUUUCAACUUAACAUGAGUACAAGGACAUGUACUUGUAGAGAGUGGCAGGUGGCUGGAAUACUCUGUAGAUAUGUUGUUUCAGCCCUUACACAUAAAGGGUCGACAUUGAAGAUGGUUGUGAUCCAAGUUAUAAACUUGAGGCAUAUAUGCAAUGUUAUGGAGGCAUGAUACAUCCAAUCAGGGAUCAAAGGUAUUGGGAACCUAAUCAAUUCCACAAACUGGAUCCUCCACCUUUGAGGAGGAUGCUUGGAAGACCAAGAAAGAAUAGAAGGAGGGAAGCUGACGAGGCACCUGCUGGGGCUAGUCACAUGAAGAGGUGACUAACCCUUAGAUGUACCAAUUGUAAAGAAUUUGGGCACAAUAGGAGGACAUGUCAAAGGGCUCCAGU